AAUACAGCGCAUGUCAGAGUCUGUGUUUGCUGGACUGUGUCGAAAAGAGGGAACUUCCAUGCAGGUCAACAUAAGGAGACAAAUAAUGGACAUCACCCAAAUUUUAUUUAAUGAAAUAAUGUCAGUAAACUUGGAACAAGUGAUAUACAGUGGUAGUUACAGAGAAGGAUUCAGACUGGAAGGAUCCGAUGUGGACACGAUGUACUGGUCACUCAAAAAUCAAGUAGUCUGGGACUUGGAUCAAGCUCGGUACAUUACAGACAAAAAAUGUCUCCUUCUAUGUGAGUGUUCUGAGAGCCCUCCUGGUUUCACAUUACUAAAAUUAAUGACACCAAUGCAGGGAAGAGUAAUGCCACAAGCAUGUGUCAUAAUGAAUGACAAACUUUAUAUCUCCAGUUCCAAAUUCAGACGAUUGAUGUGUUCAGGAUUCCUUCCAAAUUGCUAUGAACAUGGACCCUGUGCAAGUGGCAGUCAUAGAAACAUAGAUUAUGAUGUUGCCUUCUGCUUUCAGUGCAACUUUUGGCCUCCAUCUGGCUCCUCAUGGGUAGACAGAUGUCACUCUUGGCCACAGCCUCAAGUUGUUCAUGAUAUAGUCAGAAAUGGAUGUCAUUUUGUUCCUAUAGGACACAAAUUAGGAAAUCAUGAAGACCAUGAAUGGAGAAUAUCUUUUUCUCAAGCAGAACAAAAACUUAUGUAUUCAAUGAACCAUUGUCAAUUCUUAUCUUAUGGUUUGCUUAAAAUUUUUCUCAAAGAGAUAAUUAAUAGUGGAUUGGAUUCCCAGGAUAAAUUACUGUGUUCUUAUCACAUGAAAACAGCAGUUUUCUGGGCACUUCAACAAAACACAAUCCCUUUUUGGUGUCCACAAAAUCUCCUGAAAUGUUUAUGGGUCUGUUUUAAGCUUCUCCUUAAAUGGGUCUAUGAGGGGGUCUGUCCAAAUUUUUUUAUUCCUGAAAACAAUAUGUUUCUGAGUAAAAUCCAUGGUGAAGUACAAAAGAUUUUAUUCCUCAGACUGUAUGAGUUAUAUGAGAAGGGUUUAGCUUGCCUGCUUUACAGUCCUUCUAUCAGGCCCUAUGUUAUAAUUGUCCUUCAUAAUCCUAGUCUGUCUCUCUACACAGAUGAAUACAAUCUCAAUACAGAGACUGAGCUUGAUUGGGAACUUUUCAAGGAGAUAUAUAAUGCUGGUUCAUUUUUGUUUUGGGACCUAGAUUCUUGCAUAAGGAAUCUACACACAGUAGAACAUUUAAUAGGUUCAUAUCUGACACAGUAUCAAGUUGUCUUGUUACAGAAACAUACUGCUCAAUUACUUCAAACAACUGCUACUUUAUUAUUUAACAGGAGGACUAUCACAUGUGCCAACAAAUUGAUGUACACAAAUGAUAAAAUGGUGUGUCACAUGCUGACAUUAGCAGCCAAGUUUGGUUGUAUUUCUGACAUGUUGUACAUUGCCAUGUACUAUUACCAGACAUCUAGACACAUGAAAUCUCUAUCUUUUAUAGAGAUGACAAAAACUAAAUUAAUACAGCCAUAUCUGAUGUAUAACGAUCAUGUCUACCCAGCGAAAUAUAUUGAGGCUGUAGGGAGACAGUCUUUUUCUACAAAACGAAGGCGGGCUACAGCAGUCGACAUCAAACUUUACACUAACCUCUGUUACAUAACUGAAUUAGUACCAGAACAGUCUGGAAUACAGAUUGGAAGUUUUUGUCUGCUUAUUCCCUCAUUUAUCCUGCUGUACAUGCUAGAGAUCCUCUGCUCCAUCCAUAUUGACAGAUUACGUGCAGAAAGAGCUCUCGAAAAUCUACAGGCCUUAGUCCACUUUGACGAGGGGUGUAUGUACCUGAAAGAAUGAAAAACAUAUCAUGGCAGAUCCUGGGGAUCUGUCAACAGAUCACAGGGGACCUUCAGGUUGCUCUUUUCUCAUACCAACAAUCCCUCAGACA